AUGGCAGCUUCAGCUCUUGCUUCGCCAGUAACAUCCGCGCUACCCAUAACAAACACACGUUCUUCAACGUCACCAUCUAUUAUGACUGGCAGCGUCAAGCAAGAGAUCUUUACAAUCGAUGAUCUUGUCCGCGCACGAGCUGCAGGGGAGACAGCCCAUGAGCCAAUCGUGGCUUAUCCCUCUUCAGGAACAGAUUAUGUCUAUUAUACCCCACACCAGGUGAAUAUACUCGUCGAAUCAGCGGCUGUUUACUAUUCAAAGACAAUUCCGCAAAGACUUUCCUCCAAUGACCCAGUGCAAGUUGUUGGGCUACUUGGCCCCUCUGACUUUGAAUACCUCAUCACUCUACAGGCGGUCUCACGACUAGGCCACACAGUACUCCUUCUUUCAACCCGCAUCGCGGAAGAUGCAUACGUCAGCUUGGCCGAAGCUACAAAGGCCACAUUCCUUAUUACCUACCCAAGCUUCCAAUCAAUGGGAGAGAAUAUCUGCAAGCGCACGAGUGCCACUCAGGUUCCAGUCGUAUUGCCUGCGGAUUUGAACUCUCCGGAUAUCUCUUCCGCAGUGCUACCGGCGUCUCAUCGCCAUGGUCCGACAGAAAACAAGAACAUCACCUGGGUCAUUCACUCCAGCGGUUCAACUGGCCACCCCAAGCCAAUCUAUCAAACCCACUCGGGAGCUCUGAAGAAUUAUGCCAAUAACUUCGGCCUGAAGGGAUUCAUCACUCUACCUCUUUUCCACGCCCACGGAAUCAGCUGUCUUUUCCGAGCGAUGCACUCCCAGAAAUUGAUUUACAUGUACAACGCCAGUCUGCCACUCACUGCGACCGCCCUGCUCUCAACUCUCAAUGACCAUCCUGAGAUUGAGAUUCUUUAUGGGGUCCCCUACGCCUUGAAAUUGCUGUCCGAAUCCGACGAUGGUUUGAAGCGCUUGGCCCGUCUAGAACUUGUCAUGUUCGGCGGAUCGUCUUGCCCUAAGCCAAUUGGUGACACUCUGGUUCAGAAUGGUGUGCGUCUUGUUUCUCACUACGGAACAACCGAGACAGGACAGUUAAUGACUUCCUUCCGUGAGCGCUCGGACUUAGACUGGGACUAUGUUCGUCCUGGCCCCUCUCUACUUCCAUAUCUUCGAUGGGAGGCGCAACCUGGUAUGCCUGGUAUCUACGAACUCUGCGUCACCGAGGGCUGGCCCUCCAAGGUUGCCAGUAACCGACCAGAUAACUCAUAUGCCACAAAGGAUCUAUUCGAGAAACACCCUAGCAUUCCAAAUGCCUGGCGAUACUAUGCUCGUCUUGACGACACGCUAGUUCUUGAGAAUGGUGAGAAGGCCAAUCCCCUAGUUAUUGAAGGUGUCGCACGCAAGAAUCACAAUGUCGCAGAAGCGAUUGCGUUCGGAAGUACCAAGCCCCGAAUCGGUCUCUUCAUUAUUCCCUCCGAAAAGUCCCCAUUUGAGACCGAUGAUGAAUUGCUCGAUGCGGUUUUCCCGGAUAUCGAGAAAUGCAACGCCGAGUCCCCCGCCUACGCCUAUGUAUCCCGGGACAUGGUCUUUGUGCUGCCCAAGAACAGUGAAUACCGGAGGACAGACAAAGGCACUGUUAUUCGAUCUGCCUUUUACAAGGAUUAUGCUCAGAAAAUCAGCGAUAUAUACGACUUUUCCGAUGGUACCGGUGACCAGGUUCUGGAGGGUGAAGAGCUCACACAGUUUCUCCGCCAGUCCUUGCUCGCAAUCGCCCUGUCUGUCGAUUCAUCUUCUCUUGAACUCACAACCGAUCUGUUCAGCCUGGGAAUUGAUAGUCUACAGUCUAUCCGCUUGCGGUCUGCCAUCACAAAGACCCUGGAUCUUCGUGGACAGCGAUUGUCUCAAAACUUUGUUUUCGAAAAUCCGUCAUUGAAGGCAAUGGCUGAUGAGAUCACUCGCCUGCGCUCGGGCGAAGAACCCAAGGAGCAGAUUCCUAUUGAAGAAAGAAUGCAGAGCCUGAUAGAGAAGUAUAGCAAUGACUUCAAGAGACAUGUUCCCGUUGAACGAGAGGCUGAUGGUCAGCAUAUCGUGUUGACGGGUGCCACCGGCUCCUUGGGAGCUCAUAUCGUGGCUCAAUUGGUGCAGUCUGAUGAUGUACGCAAAGUUUACUGCCUUGUCCGUGCAAAAACAACCAGCGCUGCCCGUCGACGUGUUGCUCAAAGCCUAUAUGCACGCAAGGUCUCCUUGGGGUUGACCCCAGCUGCCGAGCGAAAGAUUGUGGCUCUUCCUGCAGACCUCACUAACUCAGAUAAUAUGGGUCUGGACGACGAAUUAUUUAACAGGAUUAAGAGGACAGUCACUUCGGUGAUCCACUGCGCUUGGUCUGUCAACUUCAACUGGGCACUGGAAAGCUUUGAACAGAGCUGCAUUGCUGCCACUCGUAAUCUGCUUGAUCUUUGUCUCAGUGCCGAGGCUCCUCGGCCAGCUUCCUUUUCCUUCUGCUCUUCGGUUAGCACAGUCGCACGUACACCAGGAAAUUGGGUGCAUGAAGAAUUGCCCGAGUCACUGAGCCACGCUCAGGGUAUGGGAUAUGCCCAGUCCAAGCUAGUGACCGAAAACAUUGUCAACCGUGCCGCUCGCCAAACGGGCAUGACCGCGCGAGUUCUUCGUGCUGGCCAAAUUGUGGCAGACAAAACCUUCGGAAUCUGGAACGCAACCGAAGCUAUUCCCAUGAUCUUGCAGACUGCAAAGACUAUCAAGGCGCUUCCUCAACUGGAUGAUGUCCUUUCCUGGACUCCAGUUGACGUCAUGGCAGCCAGUAUCAUUGAUCUUAGCCUGUCAUCCACCGCAGGAGAAGUUCUCAACGUCACAAACCCAACACUCAACCAUUGGUCCAAGGACCUUCUUCCCCUACUACGUGAAGCGGGUCUUGAAUUCGAAGAGCUCCCCAAGCAAGCAUGGCUCCAGAAAUUGCGUGAAUCAAACCAGGAUCCAGAGGUUAACCCACCCGUCAAGCUUCUCGAGUUCUUCGCCUCGAAAUAUGACAACACCAACCCUACCCGCACACUCCUAUACGACACAAAGAAGGCCCAAGCUGCUUCACGAUCCCUGGCCUCCGUCGGCGGAUUAGACAAUGAGUUCACAUCUCAAUUCAUCAAAUACUUCGAUACACAAUGCUGGACAAAGGUCCCAACUCCAGCACCCGCCCGUGAGGUUAUUUUCCUCAUCGGUCCUUGUGGAUGUGGAAAGACUACCGCCGCCGAAACUCUCUCAUCGCGACUUAAUAUUCCUACAAUUGAAGGCGACUCGCUUCAUUCCCCUCUGGCACGCCAUAAAAUGGCCAGAAAUAUCCCUCUGGCCGACUCUGAUCGGUGGGACUGGCUUGCUCAUAUUCGUGGAGCUGUUAUGGACCGUCUACUGAGCUCCGAUAGCAAGGCAGUGACUGUGACCUGUUCUGCCUUGCGCACUGUGUACCGUGAUGAGCUGCGGAGACUUAAUCAACUCUUUGAUUUCCCGGUUACUGUAUCAUUCUUGUUGCUUACUAUAAAAGACAAGGCGCUGUUAACAGAGCGCAUGAAUAAGCGGUCGGCGACUGAACAGCAUUAUAUGAAGUCAUCCAUGGUGGCCUCGCAGCUUGAUCUUCUUGAACUUCCUGUUGAUGAGGACGAUGUGGUUACGCUGGAUUCAAGUAUGUCAAGAGAUGAGGUCCUGGAUAAUGUGGUGGAGACUGUGCAAAAUAUCCUGAAGUCAUGA